GAUCCCUCCAAAUUCCGGUGAUCCGCCCCGCUUCCAAAUUGCCGACCGAUCCCAGGUCCAGUGGCAGACCGAGCCAAGCCUCAACCAGGAAGGGCCUCUGAGACUGGAACGCCGUCACCACCAACCAUCUCCGACAUCAACCUGGGGUGAAAGAUGCCACUGGCCUGGUGCAGCUGGCUCUUCCUCAGUGUGUGGAUGCUGAACACCGGGGCUGAGAUCUCCAUCACCCCUGAGCCUGCCCAACCUGCAGAGGGGGACAAUGUCACGCUGGUGGUCCAUGGGCUUUCUGGGGAACUGCUUGCCUACAAUUGGUAUGCAGGGCCCACGCUCAGCCUGACCUUCCUGGUGGCCAGUUACAUCGUCAGCACUGGUGACGAGACCCCUGGACCGGCCCACACAGGGCGGGAAGCUGUGCGCCCCGAUGGCAGCCUUGCUAUCCAUGGUGCCCUGCCUGGACACACAGGCACCUAUAUCAUACAGACCCUUAACAGGCAGUUUCAGACGGAGGUGGGCUACGGACACGUGCAGGUCUAUGAGAUCCUGGCACCUCCCACGGUCAUGGCCAACGACACUGCGCUGGUGGAGCGCAGGGACACCCUUCGCCUCGUGUGCAGCAGCCCCAGCCCAGCUGAGGUCCGCUGGUUCUUCAACGGUGACGCUCUGCCUGUUGCUGUCCGCCUGGGCCUGUCCCCCGAUGGCAGGAUGCUGACCCGUCAUGGCAUCCGCAGGGAGGAGGCGGGCGCCUACCAGUGCGAGGUCUGGAACCCGGUCAGCGUCAGCCGCAGCGAGCCCCUGAACCUGACUGUCUACUUUGGCCCUGAACGUGUGGCUAUCCUCCAAGAUUCCACCACCCGGACGGGCUGCACCAUUAAAGUGGACUUCAACACCUCCCUUACCCUGUGGUGUGUGUCCCGAUCCUGCCCUGAGCCCGAGUACGUGUGGGCCUUCAACGGGAAAGCCUUGAAGAAUGGUCAGGAUCACCUAAACAUCAGCAGCAUGACUGUGGCCCAGGAGGGCACAUACACGUGUAUUGCUAAGAACUCCAAGACCCUGCUGUCCGGCUCUGCCUCUGUGGUGGUCAAGCUGUCUGCCGCAGUUGUGGCCAUGAUGAUUGUACCUGUUCCAACUAAACCAACGGAGGGCCAGGACGUGACCCUGACCGUCCAGGGCUACCCCAAGGACCUGCUAGUCUAUGCCUGGUACCGUGGACCGGCCUCAGAGCCCAACCGACUGCUCAGCCAGCUGCCGUCGGGGAACUGGAUCGCUGGCCCAGCGCACACGGGCCGGGAGGUGGGCUUCGCCAAUUGCUCGCUGCUGGUGCAAAAGCUGAACCUCACGGAUGCCGGACGCUACACUCUCAAGACCGUCACACUGCAGGGCAAGACCGACACAUUGGAGGUGGAGCUACAGGUGGCCCCCCUGGAGUAGCCACCGCCGCCGCCGCAGCCGCCACAGCGCAGGCCGCAGAGACCUGGGGAGGAACGCGCUCUGGCAGCAUCUUCCCGCAUCCACCCCUGAGCCCAGGACCGCUCGCCUGCAGCACGGAUGCAGGCCGCAGUCCCGCCAUCCUGUCUCCAUCUAGAUUUAGCGCCGAGCUGUGGGAGAGCUGCCCAGUCCAUAAACGUCCGGAUGAUCGCA